AUCUAACGAUAAUGCCAUUAUUAUCAUUUUCUCUGACAAUUGUAUCUCGUACUUCCUGAUAGUCAAAGUGGAAUAAAUGACCGCUCCCGCCAUCUCUCCGAGCCCCAAGUCUGCCCGGCGAGGACAAUUUGUAGGUGUCAUUAUGUGUUGUUAGUCUCAGUGUGUCGCGAUUGACGGGAUAAAACGUCCUUGCAGCGUAUGGCCGGUGAAAAAAAUAAAAACGCCGCGAAUAAAUGUUUCCAAAUUCGAAUUGUGACAUUUGAUGCACUGUUGAGUUGAAAUCGGAUUAUCAGUUUUUAACAUAAAUGACCUUAAUCGAGCGACAUGGAUGUGUGGGCAAGACGAGGAUACAUCGCCGCUAUAUUAAUUUUAUGUCGAACAGCUGAUAUCGACACCAGUCUACCGAUAGACCUUGCCUCUGAUGAUAAAGCUCCCCAGAUAACAACAGUAGCGUCGAUCCACACAUCGACAUCGUCAGCCGCCACCACCGUCAAUAUCACGUCGUCUACAUACACCACCGUCAUACCGCCGAUACCUCCCAGCGACAGAGAUAGAUUCCUCACCUUCGCUGAGUCUGGCCAUCACCGAACCUUCAUGUUCGCUAAGGACAACACGUAUAUACAACUGGAUGGGGAUAUCAUACAACGAUUUCAAUUGAGGUUAUGCAGGGAGAUAUCGUUCAAAUUUCGCACCAGACUCCCUCACGGUCUGCUAGUGUACCACAAUGUCAAGAAUCCUGUGUUCAAAAUGCAACCGUACGCCUUAUACGUUAUCGUGGAGAAAGGAGAAUUGAAAGUUGUCCACGUCUUCGGCAAACAUCUAACAUCAGUAACAGUAGGUAGAGCUCUCAACAGAGACCAAUGGCACAGCGUGGUUGUCACUAUAGAUGUCCACGGAGCAAGGCUUAUAGCUAAAGUAGAUAAUCUGAAAGAAGAAGUGUAUUUGAAGGGUCUCAGCUUCGACACCAAUUAUGGCAUCACCGAUAACUUGACUUCGGUUAUAUUGAUUGGAGGUCUCUCAUCAGAAGAAAAACUACAUGGAGUGAAAUACAUCAUAGAAUCAUUCGUCGGUUGCAUCAGUGAUAUGGUGCUAGGUUCUGGCAAAGCUGCUUCUGAUCUCCUACCAAUAGUUCCAUUAAUAGCGACCAAACAUGAGAACGUUAAAGAAGGAUGUAUUAAUAAAUGUAAGACGAUGGAAAAUCUGUGCUUCGAAGGUUCUAGAUGUAUAAAUGAGUAUAACGGCUACAGAUGUGAUUGCUUCGGCACAUUGUAUGAAGAACAACUCUGUGAUGUUUAUACGGCGACGGUACUGACUCUCCGCGGCUCGAGUUACGUGUCGUAUCGGGUGUACGAUUGGAAAGACCGCGUGCACUCAACCAACACCAGGGUCAGCUUGCACUUUAAGACACGUUUCGAUGAUUCAGCGCUGUUCUACGCGAGCGGCCAAAUCGACGAUAAACACCAUCACAUCGCGCUAUCGAUACACAAAGAAAAAGUCGCCAUUCGCAUCGACUUAGGCGAUGGACCGGUCGAAGAUUACAUCGGGAACAAAGUCAACAACAACCGCUGGCAUAACAUAACAAUAAUAAUACAGGAGAAACAAGUAUUAACGUACCUAGACGACAUAGUGGCUAAGUACGAAAUGCCCGGCGACGCGAAAUUCGUUUGCAUCGACCCAGAAAUCUACAUUUGCGGUGGACCGGAUUUGCAUAAAAUGAAGGGACUCAAAUCCUUCAACAAUUUCGCCGGCAACCUCAAAUAUGUUUACUACAACGAUGUGUCUAUUCUGUAUGAGCUCAAACAGAACAAUCCUAAGGUGCACUAUAUCGGGCAGUUGGAUGCUGAAUUUGAGGAGGUGGAUAUUGAGGUUAUACCUAUAACGUAUCCAUUCGCGACGUCGCAUAUCUGGUGGCCUUUGAAUCAGAGCAACAGCAUGAAUCUGAUUUUCGACUUUAAGACCACUAAGAAUAUGGCGGUUUUAGCGUACAGCCAGAUCACCACUGGACAAGGUUACUGGGAGAUACGGAUGGUAAAAGAGGAGAUAAGAUUUGAACUUGUACCAGACGUUGGCAAGAACGUUACAGUACUGAAGUCGGUUAAAUUCAACGUCAGCAAUGACUGGCAUAACGUGGAACUGGAUUAUAGGAAAGGAAGAAUAAAGCUAACUGUGGACUACCACAAUAAGCAUGCUCAGAUGUUUGGUUUAGAUUUCCAACUUCAGGAUAAAAUUGUGAUUGGUAGUGGAUUGAAGUCAGCCAAUUUGGGUCUGAUCGGUUGUAUGAGAAAUAUAAAAAUCAAUGGGCUACUCAUAGAACCAAGGUACGUGAUAAACACCGAGCGAGUAGUAGGCGAGGUCGCGAUAGAUGACUGCAGAUACGUUGACCCCUGUACCAGACCCAACACUUGUGAGCACGGGGGCAUCUGCUCUAUACGAGAGGACCGUGUUAUAUGCAACUGUGAGAAUACUGGUUACAUUGGAGAAAACUGCCACUUCGCAACCUUCAGGAAGACUUGUGAAGAGCUAGCUCUUUUGGGCUAUACGAGAAACGACGUGUACCUCAUUGACAUAGAUGGGAACGGGAAGUUUCCCCCGGCGCAUGUGAAGUGCGAGUUCCAAAUCGAGGCUGACUCCUCUACAACCGUCGUGGAGCAUAAUCUGCCUAGUCAAGUGGACGUAAGAUCAGCUCUCGGUCAAGACUUCAGCUUCAAGAUCAAGUACCGGGAGUUCACGGCCGAGAUGCUGCAAGAGCUGAUCUCCCACUCCCUGUUCUGUCGCCAGUACAUCAAGUAUGAUUGUUUCAUGGCGCCCCUGGAGCUACACAGUGCGACGUGGUUCAUAUCGUCAUCUGAUGAUACCGUCGAUUAUAUCGGGAAUGUGAAGCGCGGCUACUGCCCCUGCGGCGUCAACGCAACCUGCGUCAAUCCAACGCAGUCCUGCAACUGCGACGCCAACGAGAACAAGUGGCACUGCGAUGAAGGCACCUUCGUCAGCCCCACCAGCCUCGGCAUCACCGAGAUGUUCUUUCUCCAGCAGAAGGAUCUCUCUGAGGAGGCUCAGGGGAGAAUCACCCUAGGCCCGUUGGAGUGUGUUGAGACAAACACUCAGCGCUACGUGGUCACAUUUACCACCUCUCAGUCCUACAUCGAGGUGCCGGGCUGGCGUAAAGGAGAUAUCGCGUUUAGCUUCAGAACAACUGGCACCAGCGCGAUACUGCUGUUCCAGCCACCCAUUAGACCUAAUUACCCGUCGUUCAUGGUGGCUUUGACUAGUGAACACGAGCUGACCUUCAACUUCACCCUCAACACGGGUACCACCAGGAAGCUAGUCAUCAACUCCAAGAGGAAACUCAACGGGGGGGAGUGGCACAAGAUAUGGAUAGACUACAACUUCUACCAUGUUCGGUUUAUGCUCAACACGGAAUACCAGAUGCUGAAUCUACUACAGGAGGAGGAGUUUGGACCGUUUGAGGGCAGCAUGUUCAUCGGGGGAGCUACAGCGGAACAUCUCAAAAAGUCCGCCGUCAACCAAGGUCUGAUCGGUUGUUUCCGAGGCUUGGUCGUGAACGGUGAGAUCCUGGACAUCUACAGCUACAUGUCUGUCCACCUGUCAGAGAUCAUCAAGGAUUGCAAGCCCUCCUGUGUGCCCAACCCGUGUCUGAACAAGGCGGUGUGUAAGGAGCUAUGGUCGAGCUAUGAGUGCAUAUGCAAGAAUCCCUGGGCGCAUUUGGGUGUGCAUUGCGAGGAGAAUAUCAACGAAAAGGCACUAACGUUCCAAACGCGAGAUGCGUAUUUAAAGAAGAACUACUUAGUUGACAACGCGACGGAUGCAGAGAAGAUGAGGUUGAAAAAAAUGAUGACGGAAAACGUUCUGAUGAACCUUCGAACAUACGACGACAACGCUCUAGUCUUAUACGCUAACGACAAUCUCAACAAUUUCAUUCACCUAUUCAUACACAAUGGAACGGAAAUAAUAUACAUGUUUAAUAACGAAGAUGAAAUAGUGCAAAUGAACGUAACAUGCGAGAAAAUCAACAAAGGUGAAAGUGUACAGAUAGCUAUCAUACGCACAGAGAAUAGUACUACGCUGCACGUAAAUGACAAAAACACGACGAUCAACAAAGUUGCCAAGCUAUUGUCUAACUACACCAACAAGCCGUGGAAAAAUCCGGAACUUGAGGUAAUUCGACCUCAAAGACCGCCUGCACCCCCAAUGGACUACUUCCAAAUGAAUUUGGGAGGUUUCGAUCCGUUCUCUCUGCAUUUGGCACCGCGAGCAACGUCUCUACCGCAAGGUGGCUAUGUCGGUUGCGUCAGGGGCUUUAAAAUUGCUGACCACGUUGUAGAUCUGUCGAAGAAAGCUCAGCAGAACAUUGAACAAGAGCUCACAGGCGUCCUCCCAGAAUGCGAUAUGAAAUGCGACGCGGAACCGUGUAAGAAUGGAGGCGUCUGCGCCGAGGACUUCGCGAAUCGUGAGAGCAGUUGCGACUGCGACCUCACCAGCUACUUUGGGGAAUACUGCGUGGAUGAGAAGGGAGCGGAUUUUAACGGCGAAAGCAUUCUUCAGAGGAAGUUCUUGUUGGGGGACGCUAUUACACAGAUAAAAAUAAAACUAGCAUUUUCAAGCAACGAUCUUAGACAGAAGAACACUGUGAUACUUCUCGUACAAACUGAAAACAAACGCAGCUACUACCUGCUAGUGGCGAUAACACAGGAGGGGUAUUUGAAGUUUGAAGAAGACCGAGAAGAUGAUUCGGCGUAUGGCGUUGAAGUUAAAGAUAGGAAUUUCCUAAACGGAGCCCGACACACAGUCUACUACACUCGCGUUGGUCAGAACGCCAAACUUCUCAUAGACCGUAUAGAGGUGCCUCUAGAGAAGCUACCUCCUCAGGGUCUAUGGGAAGUCUUCGAUGUUGGAAUUAACGAGGUCCAGAUAGGUGGACUGAACACUACAGAUCCUAGACUUGCUAUUUAUAAGGGAUAUAACGGAUGCCUUUCGAACAUCCUAGUGGAAGUGAACGGUGAUGAGAUGAAGCCACUAGAAGAGUACAUGUUAUUCACUCGGGAGUCGGCUGCAGUGAGUGCAGUCAACGCACGAGGUGUUCGCAGUGCGCAAUGCAGCGACCAGUUCGAUGGAGCCUGGCCGAGACAACCUACUACAGCGCAUAAUGGAAGCUUCCUUGUGAGUAUGGACAAAACUUGGGUAGAAGAUCCACCGUCCCGUCUGCCCUACGACCUGCUGCACCAACUGCCUGAUGCUGAGGAGGAGAACACAGACAAGUUCUUCAUCGCACUCAUCGUUAUAUUCAUCCUGGGAUUGUGCUAUUGUGGGUCUCAUAUGUGGAGAACUCAGAAGGCGUACAAGCUGCGCUUGGAGAAGGAGACCGACGACAACAUCAUGAGGAACAAAGAAAAGGCUACCAAACUGAUGGAACCAUCCGUAGCGUUUGUCAACAAAGAAGAAUCCACAGAAGAAGACAAGAAGACUAACGGUGUAGUGAUAGAAGUGGUGCCGACUGUUAUUGUCGAACCCAAUGACGACAAGAUCGUGCCUAGACGUGGCUCGCUGAGGUUUAGAGAUGUGAUCGACAAAGAAGUAUCGUUUGAGCCGCUCGAAGAGAGAGACGAGACGGAAAACGACGAGGAAUCUUCAGAGGACACCGACAGCGAUGAUGAGAAGGUGCUAAACACUGACGAUAAACUGCCUGAAGAAGCAUCGCCAACUUUAUCACCGCAACUCUACAGAGUCGAAGAGGAGAGCUCCAUGGAAUUAUUAACUACGAGCGCUUAAUAAAUUCUCAUUUCUAACACUCA